GGGAGGUAACGGAGCGGGGCCCGAGGGCAACCGGCAGCGCUGCAGCUUGGCCGCCUGCCCGCGUUAGACUGCGCCUGGGGAGGCAUUUGGCGCUGUGGUGGUUCUGUUCCUUCCCGACUGGUUCCUGGUCUGGCUGAGGAGCGGGCGGUGGAGCAUCUCUACGUUGCUAAGACACUGGACACUGCUUUCUUUAUAGCAAGGAAAAUCUGAAUUCCUCCAACACUGAGGAUGGGGAAAGAUUAUUAUUCCAUCCUGGGAAUUGAAAAAGGGGCUUCUGAAGAAGAUAUCAAAAAGGCUUACAGAAAACAAGCGCUUAAAUGGCAUCCAGAUAAGAACAAAUCUCCCCACGCAGAGGAAAAAUUCAAAGAGGUAGCAGAAGCUUACGAAGUGCUGAGUGAUCCCAAAAAGAGGGACAUUUAUGAUCAAUUUGGGGAGGAAGGUCUGAAAGGAGGAGCUGGAGGACCUGAUGGACAAGGUGGUACCUUCCGGUACUCCUUCCAUGGUGACCCACAUGCUACAUUUGCAGCUUUCUUUGGUGGAACAAAUCCUUUUGAGAUCUUCUUUGGAAGGAGGAUGCCUGGUGGCAGAGACACUGAAGACAUGGAGGUGGAUGGUGAUCCAUUUGGAUCCUUCACUAGUUUUAGUAUGAAUGGUUUUCCAAGGGAAAGGAAUACAGUUGGUAGCCAGUUACGUCGUAAACAAGAUCCCCCUGUAAUCCAUGAACUUAAAGUGUCAUUGGAAGAGAUCUAUCAUGGCUGCACAAAAAGAAUGAGGAUUUCACGUAAAAGGCUUAACCCAGAUGGUAGAAGUGUCCGAACAGAGGACAAAAUUCUUACUAUCGAGAUAAAAAGAGGAUGGAAAGAAGGCACCAAAAUCACUUUUCCAAAAGAAGGUGAUGAAACACCCAACACAAUUCCAGCUGAUAUUGUUUUUAUCAUUAAAGAUAAACCUCACUCUCACUUCAAGAGAGAUGGAUCAAAUAUUAUCUAUCCUGUUAAGAUCAGCUUAAGGGAGGCUUUGUGUGGCAGCUCUAUCAAUGUGCCAACGAUAGAAGGAAGAACCAUACCCAUGACAGUGAACGAAGUUGUAAAGCCUGGGAUGAGAAGAAGAAUUAUAGGAUAUGGUUUGCCGUUUCCCAAAAAUCCUGACCAACGUGGAGACUUAAUUAUAGAGUUUGAAGUAAUUUUCCCAGAUAACAUUUCUCCAGCAUCAAAAGAAGUACUUAGGCGAAAUCUUCCAGUUUCAUAAAAUGAAGACUGUAUAUGUCAACUGUUUAAAUGGGACACUGGAAAUGCAGAAGACUGGCAAGUCUGUGCUUUAAAAGUGCAAUCUGUAACAACUAGUGGAAUAUUUGUUUUUUGUUUUGUGGGAUGGGUGGGGGGGAAAUACUGUAAUGCUGCAUGAGAAGAAAAGGGUUAAGUACAAGUCAUACAGGUGACUUCUGCAGUAAAAUUUACAGGGAAAACCACUCAUUUUAUUUUACAUCUUCCUAAUCAGAAAAGUUUAAUCAUUAUUUUGCCUAAUGUAAAAUGUAGUCAUUUUUUACAAAGUGCAUAUUUCUGAUGCAGUACUUGAGCCUCCAAGUACUUUAUUUCUUAUAUCCCUACUGUAUCUAUAACAUUACCCAUUUAUACAGAAAUUUGAGAUAGUAUUAGAAACACACAAAUAUAUAAAUAUUUUAAAGAUCCAAACGUGACAGAUAUCAUUUGGUAUGUUGCCUUCCACUGCACAAAGCAUAGGCUGGGAAAAUCAGCUUGGACUCCUGAACUGCCUCCCAGUGGAAUGAAAGCAUUUUCUUUAUUGCCCCACAGUGUGUGAGGACUGCAUUGUGAAUCUAGCAAAAGGCAUGUGGCGUGAGGAGCAAAAGUAGCCAUUUGCUAUGGGAUAGUUCCUCAGCCUUCAGGCAGAACAGCAAGAAAGGAUUCUACAAGUACAUAAACAGCAAAUCAUGGGCCUGUUGUCAAAUGAGGCAGGGAAACUGGUGACAAAUGACAUGGAGAAGGCUGAUGUAUUCAAUGCCUUCUUUGCAUCAGUCUCUACCAGUAAAAAGAGCCUUCAGGAAUUCCAGGCCCCUGAGACCAAAGGGGAAGCCUGGAACCUCGGUGGUGGAGGACCAGAUUAGGGUGCAUUUAAACAGGAAGUCCAUGAGCCUGACAUCUUGCACCCCUGGUGCUGAGGGAGCUGGCUAAUGCCAUUGCAAGGCCAUUCUUAAUUAUCUUUGAAUCGUCAGGGAGAUUGUGAGAUGUUCCGGUACACCGGAAAAGAGCAAAUAUUUAAGAAAAACAAGAAGUAAGAUUUGGGGAGCUACAGGCCAGUCAGCUUCACCUCAGUCCUUGGGAAGGUGAUGGAGAAAAUCUUCCUGGAAAGCAUUUCCAAACACAUGAAGGACAAAAAGGUGAUCAGGAGUAGUCAGCAUAGAUUUACAAAGUGGGAAUUGUGCUUGACCAACACGUUGACCUCUACAGUGAGGUGACCAGCUUUGUGGAUGACAGGACAACAGUCCAUAUUGUUUACCUUGACUUUAAUAGACUGACAAAGUACAAGUUAGAUAAGUGGAAAGUAGAUGGAUUAAAAACUGGCCAAAUGAGUGGGCACAGGGGUUGCGAUCAGUGGCGCAAAGUCCAGUUGGAGACAAGUCAGUAGUGGUGUACCUAGGGCUCAAUACUGGGGCCCAGUACUAGUCAGCAUCUUCAUUAAUAACCUGGAUUAUGGGAUGGAGUGCAUCCUCAGCAAGUUUGCGAAUCUCAUAAAACUGGGAAGAGUCACUGGUAAGACCGGAUGAUGUACCACCCUUCAAAGGCACCUCAGCAGGUUAGAGAACUGGACAGAGGAUUCUCACAAAGUUGAACAAGGGGGAAUGCAAAGUCUUGCUCCCUGAGGAGCAACACGAGGCACUAGUACGCCCUGGGAGCCAAUUGGCUGGAAAGCAGUUUUGCUGAGAAAGACCAUGGGGUCCUGGUGAACAACAAACUGAUGGUGAGCCAGCAAUGCACCCUUGUGGCAACAAAGGCCAAAGCUUUGCUAGCAGGCUGAGGGAGAUGAUCCUUCCUCUCUACUCUGAGCAUUGAUGAGGAUGCAUCUGGAGCACUGUGUCCAGUUCUGGGCUCCCCAGUACAAGAAAGAUACAAACUUACUGGAGCAGCUCUAGCACAGGGCCAUGUAUGAGAGGCUGAGAGAGCUUGGAGCUCUUCAGCCCAGGGAAGAAAAGGCAUGGGGGAUCUUAUCACUGCAUAUAAAUACUCGAUGGGAGGGAGUGAAGAUGGGAGAGCCAGAGCCUUCUCAGUAACUCUCAGUGACAGGACUAAGGGGCAGUGGACACAAACUAAACCACAAGGGAUUCCAUCUGAAUGCAAGGAAACACCUUUUUACUGUGAGGGUGGUCAGAGAAGUUGAGGAGUCACCAUCCCUGGAGACACUCAAAACAUGACUGGGCAUGGUCCUGGGCAGCCUGCUGUAGCUGACCAUGCUUGAGCAGAAGUGUUGGACUACAUGAUCCUAAUAGGUUCCUUCCAACCUAAACGAUUCUGUGAGCUUGGACUUAGCACUUUUUACUAGACAGUGCUAUGGGCCAUGUUCUGCAAAUGAGGCUUAGCCCAAGGAUGGGGGAUACUGAUGUGACAGCUUGAAUCCCUAGGAGUAGGUCUAUGCUUGAGUGGAAAGAUGCAGAAAGAUCACUAUUAAAGCAGUUGGCUAGUGCAGGUAUUUAAAGAUCAUGCUGAUCUCAAGUAUUAUUCUUUUCAAAGGCUGAACUUUACUCCCAUGAAGGAGGAGGAAAAAACCCAGGUCCUGGCUAAAGGGAAGUUUGCUUAAGACACAAAGUGGGAUAGGGGUUGCCCAUAAACUUUCAUAUGCUUGAAUUGAGUCUUUUUGAAUACAAAUAUGAGUUACUUGUCUUUAGAGUUAAAAGGUGCAUAGGGAAAUGGAGAGCCCUCUGUAAUAGUCUAGUUUUAUAAUACAGUAAUAGGGCUGGUUCCCUUGAUUGCGACAUGGUUUUGGUGAAAGAAAUGCCUUGCAGAUGUGCUUUAUUACUUGAGUUUAAAACCAUAAUACAGUGCUUUAACAACAGUUUCAAAGGUUUUUUGUUUGGUUGGUUUUUUUCUUCAUAAGAAAAUAUGUAAAAUUUGCUGUCAGCCUUUUUGCCUGUGGAAAUUUAGUAGUUACCUGCUCUGUUAGGUAGCUUAAGAAAUAGUAGUGUUAUCUUUAUAUAUGUGAUUUUCUGCAGGAAAUCAAAUCAUAUGGAAGUUGGGAUUUAAUAUACAAUAACUUUUUAAUGAGCACAAGAAGAAUCCCAUUUCUGUUACUCAAAGGAAUAGAACUUCUGGGAGAUACUGUUUGAGUCAGUUUUUCAACUGCAGAUUUCUUCAUACAGCAUCAGUUAGUUGUAGUCCUAAAUCUACAAAGAACUGAAUAAUUGUUGGAGCAGUAUCACAAAGCGAAAACAUUUGCUGCUUAGUGCUUAUGCAUAUUGUUAACACUAUAUAUUGUUCAAAGAAUUUCCAUUUCAGUAUGUUCCGUAUUGCAUUUCUUAUGUGAUUUUUAAGUAAAAAAUGUAAAGUUGGUUUUAAUUUUCUCUUUUGUUAUGAUGGCAGAUGCUAUAAGCUACAUGACUUUAAAAGCAUAUCAUCCCAAAAUACCUGUUUGUCAGUUUAAAAGCUAAUGGAAUUGAGCGUUUUGUAAUCCAGGAUCUUGUAACCAUAGCCCAACUUGUAAAAAAGAGGAAAAAAAAAAAGUUACGGCAACUAGGACUAUUUUUUUGUAACCAUCUUCAGGUAAGAGGAGUAGUGUUAAAUUGAGGAAUUGCAGUAUCUUGUGUAUUUAGAGGUAUAUAUAUGUAUAGCAAACUAAACUUUUCCAACUGUUUUCAUGCUCAAAAUACAGAACUAUAGGACUGGUAUGAAAUGCUUGUAUAUGCUUGUAUUUCUUUUUUUUAUGGAGAGGUAACAAAGUAUAUGUUUCAGAAAAUAGUGUGUGGAAUUAACUUCAAAAUACGAGAGGGAGCAUUAAUAUCUAUCUAAUCCAGGAUUCACAAAAAUUACUAUUUUUCUAAUCAAAAAAUGUGCUUAAAAGCUAUGUUUUAAAACCCACUUGAUUAUUUAAUAAAGGCUACUUGGGAGAAGGA